GGAUAUUACUCUAUGAGCCCUUGUGAUGACGGAUAUGCUUCCACAAUGUUAAGAGCAUCUUUAGCCCCCGUGAAGAUGCAGGAUGUGCCAUUGUUGCCCUCUUUGGAUUAUGAGAAGCUGAAGAAAGAUUUGAUUACAGGGAAUGAUCGUCUCAAGGCCUUCUUACUGCAGGCUCUGCGCUGGCGCUUGACAAAAUCAUAUCCUGGAGAACAGAGGGACACUGUCCUGCAAGCCUACAUCAGUAAUGACCUUCUAGAUUGCCACAGCAACUGUCAGAGAAGUGUCCUCAGAUUAUUACAUUCUACAAGUGUGGUAGUCAGACAGUAUAUGGCAAGGCUCAUCAAUGCUUUUGCUUCACUGUCAGAAGGUCGUGUCUACCUUUCUCAAAACCCAACAUUGCUGCAAAUGCUGGAGGAGAGACUGAAAGCUGAAGACAAGGAUUCCCUUACAUGGGAGAAUGUUCUUGGGGCUCUGCAGAAAUUCAGCCUCAGGCGUGCACUGCAGUCAGCAAUGAUCAAAGAUGGGCUCAUUUUCUGGCUGGUUGAUGUUCUAACGGAUACAGAUUGCCUGUCUGAUUACACGCUGGCGUAUUCUGUUGCUUUGCUCAUGAAUCUUUGUCUGCGGAGUGCAGGAAAGAAUAUGUGUGCAGGGAUUGCAAACCAUGUGCUCAGAGUUCUCUCUGAUCUUCUUGGCCAUGAGAAUCAUGAGAUACAACCAUAUGUGAAUGGAGCACUCUAUAGCAUUCUUGCCAUCCCUUCUGUCCGCGAAGAAGCCAGAGCAAUGGGAAUGGAAGAAAUUCUGCGCUGCUUUGUCAAGGAAGGAAGUGCAGAGAUGAUCCGACAGACUGAAUUUAUUAUCAAGCAGCUCAAUUCAGAAGAGCCAUUAAAUGAUGGUAUUGUGUCUGAUGAUGAAGAGGAAGAGAACAAUAAGGAAGAGGACCAUGACAUCAUGGAAGCUGACCUGGACAAAGACGAGGUUUUGCAACCUCAACUGGGAGAGCUUGCAGGAGAGAAGCUGCUAACAACUGAGUACUUGGGAAUAAUGACUCAUACUCCAAAAACCAAGAAGAAGCUGUUUCCUGGUGUCCAUCAAAGUAUAGAUGAGCCUCUCCAGAGACCUGUGACUCCCAGUUACCACAGAACUGUGUACCCACUGCCAGAAAACGAUACCACUUCUUACCAUGAUAGGGAUGAGAAGCUACAAUCUCUGUCAAGUGAUGAUCCUUCCACUUGUGGGAGCACGUCCAGCAUUUCUGACCUCUGCAUUUCCCCUUCAUCAGUUGAAAUGAAGUCAUCUGGAGAAUUCUCUUCAGGCCAUAGAGUGGACCGAAGCAUCUCAGCUGGUGACAGUAUCUUAUCUUCCCGAUCUACUGACUUCACUCAGGAUGAAGUAAAAGGGCAAUCACAUAGCAAGUUUCCCUCAGCCUUCACCAGCAAACCUAAGAUUCCUCGCACUCCCGAAGUGCAGAGUGCCAGCCCUAGAAAGGGAAAGGUCCCAGCUAUUGCUCCCCAGUUCUCUCAGUCUGGACCCCAACAAACAAGCCGUCUCAGCUCCUCAGGAUCAUCCAGAAGGAGCAGACAGAGCAGCCAGUCCUACAGGAAGUGA